CGGAGGAAGUGCUCACUUCCGGCGGGGCCGGUAGCAUCGCCGCUCUGCCUGUCUUCCCGACCCGCUCGCUUUCGCCAGUGCCCUGUGAGCCUCCUGCUGUGCGCCAGGGGCGCCAACUCUGCCGCGACACCGCUCGCUAUUCUCGCAAACCGCCGAAGCCGACGCUGUGGGAGGUGGAACAUUCAAGUGUUCCAGGUACCUGUUGUGCGUCCUUCGUGCUUUCCGUUAAGGCUGUGUUCUCUGUGCUAGUGCUCCGCCGACAAAGACAAUUGCCCCGCGUCUUGGGUGCCGUCAUCGUGUUAGGCACGUGUGUGUCGCAGAAUUUUGUGUCGUUCCACAAUUUGGAGGCCAUUAAUAUCAUCCGUGCGGGAGACGACAAAGAUUUUCAGCGGUGGACUACAGUGGAUAGUUUUCUGCAUGUAGUCCUCAUCACUUUAGCAUCAUCAUCAGUACGCAGUUAAAACAAUUGUGCGCGUGGGUGUUAGGCUGCGAUGAAAGCUGAUUUAUUUGACUGGGCGUGAUGACGUCGUGCCACUGAAGACUACUUUGCCGAAGAUGGAUGCCGAACUGAUGCGAGCCGCGACCAGCAACGCCUGUGCCCUGACAACACAUCGCUGCAGCGGCGGCAGUUCGCCCGCCGCCCGAUGCUGCCGCGUCCCCAGAUAGGGGCAUGCCGUCUCCUCUGCCGUGUCUCUGCUCCACGGACCCGGCGCUGGGUCCACCCGGGCUCUUCUGCGGGACGUAGCCUCAGAGGCGGCCAACUGGUCGACACCUGUCCGGAACCUCACCGAGCGGCGAGGUGUCUGGCCGAGCCUUGUGAGCGUGGACUCUCGCGUCUUUCGUGACAACACGAUUCUAGGCGGAGUGCUUCGCGAGUUACCCACAAUACCAAAGCGUUUACCUAUUUAGGGAAGUGUCAAGGCUGAUCGAGAGACAGAAACAUUUGUUUUGACGCUCCCGCAGUUACCUGUUUAUAGCCAAAGCAGUAGUCGAGAUAAGUUCCCAAGUGUCAGGCAGUAUUACCGAAUGGCCUACCAUUCACUUCAGGUGCUGUGAGUCUUAGAGUAAUUAGUGGCCUUAGUGUGGACAGGAUCCUCAAAUAACUGGACGUGAGAGGAGCGUUCCCUGAGUUCUCAGUCACGGUUAUUUGCAGACUGUCGUGAUCAGUGGGAAAGACACAGCAAGAAAAGUUCCUCGUUUAUAUCUAAGUGAUAGUAAUUAGCGUCGUUGAAGACUACCAUAGGGAAUAUACCUGUUCACCGCAAAUUGUCGUCCACAGUAUAUUUAUACUUCGAUCCGUCUCAAGAGCUGUGUAGAGUAACUCAAGCGCCAGUUAAUAACACACCACUUUUUUGCUACCGAGAGAGGCGUGUUUUUUGUGUUAUUCUUUUAAGGUGGUUACGAGGAGGGGGAGAAUCUAGAAAUCUUCCAGUUGGGGAGCUGUGUUGACACGCGAGGGUACCUGUUUUGCCAUGGCGCCGGCUGCCGACCAGUGAGAUGUCGUCCCCCGAGGGCAACACGGCUGCUGCGGUGGCGACUGCGGCUGUGGGGGCGGCGCCUGCGGGCGGCGUGGGCGACGCGCCGCCGGCCGGGGGCAGCAAGCGCUUCUUCUGCAGGGAGUGGGCGUUCGCCAAGCUGGCGCACUCGCUGGAGCAGCACCAGAGGGCCUCCGCAGGUGGCAAGGGCGCGGGCUCUGGAGGCACCGUAAUCGUGGGCGGUCCGGGCACGGGCAAGACGGCGCUGUGCCGGGAGCUGGUGUGGCCGCGCGCGGGCCCCUCCGGGCGGCAGCAGCGCGCGCUGCGGCGCCGGCUGCUCGCCUUCCACUUCUGCCAGGCGGCCGACGAGGCGACGCUGGCGCCCGCCAACUUCGUGCGCGCGCUCGUCGCGCAGCUGCUGGCGCGCUCGCAGCCGCCGCCGCCCGCGCCCGCCGACGCCGCCACCUCGCCCUCGUCGCCGCACCUGCCCAAGGCGUUCGGCGCCACCGCCGACGGAUACGCAGAGAAGGUGCGCACGGACCCCGAGAUCGUGGCGGCGCUGCGGCCGGAAAGCGUUGAGCGCGACCCUGACGAGGCCCUGAAGCGCGCCGUGCUGUUCCCGCUGCUGGAGCUGGAGCCGCCGCGGCACGCGCUCUUCCUGCUCGUCGACUCCAUCGACGAGGCGCAGACCUCCUCCGCCGGCGGCUCCUCGCUGGCCUCGGGCGGCGGGGGCGGCAGCAACAGCAGCAGCGCGCGCCGCGGCAGCGCGGGCGGGGGGCCGUCGCGCACCGUGGCAGAACUGCUCGCCGCCACGCACCACCUCUUCCCGCACUGGCUCGCUCUCGUCUGCACCGCUCGCAGGCACAGCCGCGCGGUGGCGCGCCUGUUCGCGGGCUUCCGGCGCAUCGCGCUGGACGACCUGCGCAAGUCGCAGGUGGUGCGCGACGUCCAGCAGUACAUCCUGGCGCGGCUCGACCAGGAGGACGCGCUGCGGCAGCACAUCAGCCGCGACACCGCCGAGAUGCUCAACCAGCUGCACAUCAAGAGCAACGGCUGCUUCCUCUACCUCGAGAAGGUGCUCGACGGCGUCGCUGAGAACUUCAUCGUGCUCAGGGAGGUUCGCGAAAUACCGGGAACUCUGAAUGGCCUGUACCUGUGGCUGUGCCAGCGGCUGUUCAGCAGGAAACAGUUCGCCAAGGUUCAGCCACUGCUCAACGCAAUGCUAGCUGCGAGGCGGCCUCUGUCGCACGACGCGCUCUUCCGGUGUGUGAGGGUGCACAACUGCCAGAUCACGAGAGAAGACUUUGCCAGAAGACUGCACCUCUUGAGGAGAGUACUCGCACAGGGUGGCAGCAGCGGGAGCCCACCACAGCUCUUCCACCACAGUUUUGCCGAGUGGCUGCUCGACGUGAAGCACUGCACGCAGAAGUACUUGUGCUCUGCUGCGGCGGGUCACGGCAUGCUGGCCGUGUCGCUCUCCCAGUUUGGGCGGCAGCUCCCCGUGGAGGAGGUCCCGUCAUUGGCCAUGCACAUGGUCCGGUCACAGUGGCCGCCACCGCAGCCACAGCCGGCAGCACAGGUGCAGGCCCUGCCUGCUGGCCUUGACCCGCACACUGUGCUCGUGCUGUGGCUCAUUGACAGUGGGGCACCUGUUGAAGACUGUCUGUUAGAGGUUGAUGACGGAGACUACACAACAGCAAAUGCAUGGAGGACGCUGCCACUGCCGAAGGACAACAGGGUGCUGAGGCUCCUGGCAGAUGCAGGGGCCAGGGUGCCUACAGAGGAGCAAGUCCAUAGUGAUGCGGCCUUAUCAACAGCCUUAGACAUUAGUACCUUAGCUAUCAUAGAUAGCACGGAAGAUGUAGCACUUUCUAGUCAGAUAUCCGUAGAUGGCAACGCCAGCCCUCUACGCCCUAUCUCCCCCGUAGAUCCAUUGCUGGAACUACUGGGGGCAGACGGAGAUGUGAACCGAGCCGACUCUGGUGGCAGGACGCUGCUGCACGCCCUCGCUGCCGAGGGAGAUGCAGCUCUACUGGCGCUGGCAGCCGCCAGGCCUGGCGCUUGUCUGGAGGCGACUGACAGACAUGGCCAGACACCUCUGAAUCUGGCUGCGAGGCAUGGGCAUGCUGCAGUUGUGGCAGCCCUGUUGGCGGCAGGGGCGCGCGCGGAUCAUGCAGACUGCGAUGGCUGGACCGCACUCAGGGCUGCAGCCUGGGGUGGUCACACUCAGGUUGUGGAAGCACUUCUGGCGCACGGUGCAGCUGUUGACUGUGCAGACUCUGACCAGAGGACAGCACUGCGAGCUGCCGCGUGGGGAGGACAUGAGGACAUCGUCCUGGCCCUGCUUCGACACGGUGCUGACGUAAAUCGAACAGAUGAUGAGGGGCGAACGGCCUUGAUUGCUGCAGCAUAUAUGGGUCAUUCUGAGAUAGUUGAGCAUUUGCUCGACUUUGGAGCAGAGAUCAACCAUGAAGAUGCUGAUGGUCGAACAGCACUGUCUGUAGCAGCCCUCUGUGUGCCUGCAAAUGAAGGAUAUGUGAAGGUAGUAAAUAUCCUCCUUGAACGUGGAGCUGCUGUGGACCACCAGGACAAAGAUGGAAUGACCCCACUGCUGGUUGCUGCCUUUGAAGGUCACAGGGAUGUUUGUGAAUUACUUCUGGAGUACGAGGCUGAUGUUGACCACGCAGAUCGAGCAGGUCGCACUCCACUGUGGGCUGCGUCAUCCAUGGGGCAUUCAUCGGUAGUGGAGCUGCUUCUGUUCUGGGGCUGUUAUGUUGAUAGCAUUGACCCUGAAGGGCGUACUGUGCUGAGUGUUGCUGCUGCACAAGGUGGAACCGAUGUUGUCCGGCAGCUGCUCGACAGGGGGUUAGAUGAACAGCAUCGAGAUAAUUCUGGAUGGACUCCAUUGCAUUAUGCAGCAUUUGAAGGUCAUAAGGAUGUGUGUGAAGCUCUCCUGGAGGCAGGAGCGAGGGUGGAUGAAGCGGACAAUGACGGGAAAGGCCCGCUGCUGCUGGCCGCCCAGGAAGGGCACUCGCUGCUAGUGGAGAUGCUGCUCUCAGAGCAUGCUGCCCCUCCUGACCAGCGUGCACACGAUGGGAAAACUGCCCUCAGGUUAGCAGCAGUGGAAGGUCACAGUGAUGUUGUGAUCAGCCUUCUGGCCCACGGUGCUGAUGUUAACGUAUUAGAUGCAGACGGACGGAGCACUCUCUAUGUUCUUGCUCUUGAGAACAGAUUGGCCAUGGCAAGGCUGUUAUUAGAGGAGGGGAAUGCAGAUGUUGAAACAAGAGAUUCUGAGGGUCGUACCCCGUUGCACGUAAGUGCAUGGCAGGGACAUGCAGAAAUGGUGGCACUACUGCUGACUGUUGGAGGUGCAGAUGUUGAUGCCACAGACAAUGAGAACCGUACAGCACUGCACUCGGCUUCAUGGCAGGGACAUGCGGCCAUUGUGCAGCUGCUUCUGGAACAUGGUGCAAGACCUGACCACACGUGUAAUCAGGGGGCCACUGCACUAGGUAUAGCUGCUCAGGAGGGACAUGAAGGCUGUGUCCGUGCACUCCUAGAGCAUGGUGCAGAUCCUAAUCACUCUGAUCGCUGUGGCCGCAACGCUCUACGCGUCGCUGCCAAGAGCGGUCAUGAGGGUGUCGUGAGACUCCUUGAGGAGUUUUCUAUUUCACACAGGACAUCACAAGCCAGAAGUACUAGUGGAGGUGGCAGCAGCAGUGCAACAUCGCUGACUUCGGGUUCAACAGCAGAGACGAAACCUUCCUCGGCAGUGCUGUGCCCUCCGGGGCCGGGGCCUUGCCGAAGUUGCUCACCUGUCGAGUCUCCGGACUCUGGCAAGCGGCGCUCCUUUGUGUCACUUGGUAACAACUCCAGCAACAGCAAGUCCAGCAGCAACUUCACUGGCUCUACAAAGAGCUCGCAGAGAUCCCAGGAGCCCGGGACUGCUGGUGGUACGAGCACUGCUAGUACUGCUUUAGGAGCUCCGUCUACACCGAUGCAGCAUCCUCAACAUCAGGCUGUACUGUCAUUCACACAACAACUACAACAGUGUUCGAGGGGUACGAGAACCCGCCCACUGAGCCGGCUGCUGUCACCACUGCAGUCGGAGCCCCAGAGCCCAAUCUACGCUUCACCGCCCCAUUCGCCUCUGAGUGACGUGGCGGUGCCUAGCUCUCCCCUUGCCCUGAACCCUGCAGCUCUUGCACCACAGCACCAGCAGCUGCCGCUUCAGCAGCAGCAGACAGGGCUGCACAAGGGAGGCCUGCUCACGACGACUGCAUCCCUAAUGGCAGAUUCGCACUUUGCACGUGACACGCACAUGAGGAUAAUUCUUGGUAACAGCUCAGGCACUGAGGGACGAGGACCUCCAGGUCUUCUGUCACCUCAGGUUGCAUCUGAAUGCACAAAUUCCAAGUUUGGUGGUGGGACUGCAUCCCCAAUGGCAGACUCGCAAAGUGACACGCACAUGAGGAUAAUUCUUGGUAAAAGCUCAAGCACUGAGGGACGAGGACCUCCAAGUCUUCUGUCAUCUCAGAUUGCAUCUGAAUGCACAAAUUCCAAGUUUGGUGGUGGGAACGCAUCCCUAAUGGCAGACCCCCACUUUGCACGUGACACACACAUGAGGAUAAUUCUCGGUAACAGUGCGAGUGCUGUGGGUCGAGGGCCUCCUGGUCUUCUGUCAUCUCAGGGUGCAUCUGAAUACACAAAUGCCAACUCUGGUGGCGGAGGACUACUGAAGCCACGGCGAAAUGGCAUUGUGACAAAUCCUGCCCUGCGAAUUGUGGCAGGUGUGAAGAAUGGACUGGAUGCUGCAGCAGGGCGGAAACAUACCACAGCAGCAAGCCGUUUGCAACAACCGAAGAACAAUGGCUUUCAGUGGCGUAAGGAAACUCCCCUCUGAGAUGAUUGGUGAUCCCAGCUUUCUGUGAAAGAAGAGGAUAUAUAAAAUACAUAAUAUGUGACCUCUUGUCAAUACAACUGCCAUAUUCUUUGUAGACAGGGAAGUGUUUAUCUAGAGUGUGAAUGUAAAUAACAGCAAACCUUUGUUUUGUAUUUUUAUCAAGAGUAAUUUAAACUGGUCUAUGUUUAAGUAAAAUCAAAUCUGUUGUGAGCUCUCUUUAAGAGUGUUUCUUAUUUGUACAGCACAAUAGUCAUUAUUUUCUAGAUGUCGUUUUGCAAGCGUAGUUUUUAAGCUGUGUUUAGAAGACUUAAAACUGGGUUUAGUGUGAAAUAAGCUUUGCCACAUGAACUUCAGUAUGUAAGGAGCAAUCUGAGAGUAAGAAACUUGCAGAUCUUGGUGUUGACUGGGCAUUUUUUUUUUAGAAGUAAAUGGGUAUGAAUACUCAUUGGUCUAAUAUAUAACACAGUCUCAUAGGUUCCUAAGUGUCUGAGCUGAUGGUCAGUUAAUAUUUACCCCACUCUUCAUUUUUCAUUGGACCACUGACAUCAGUUGAAUAUGUAUAUAAUCUCAGUGAUCCAAGUGCAGUUUCAUAAUUGAAAUCAGGAGAAUGAUUUCCUAAAUUAGCUUGUAGUUUGCCACUGUAAAUAGACAUCUAAUAAUGACAGUGAUUUUGUGUUUCGUGUUAUUUAUUGUACAAAUAAUGUUUUAAAUGCCUUUUAUGUCUGCGUAUUUGAUGUCGGUCCUUCUUUGCUAAUUUUCAUUUUCCUGGAAUUGUGAUAAAUGUUUUCAGCUCUUAUUUGGUGUUAGUAGAUGUUACACCUAAUCCAGAUACCAUGUGAUAAAGUUUAGUAUACAUGUAUAGAAUUUAAAAGACAAAUAUCUGUUAAGAAUUAGAACUGUUAUUUACUUUAAAUUUUCAGAGACGAUUAAAGGAGUUGUGUAAAAAAACUAUAUAUAGACUAUUGUUAGCACAGUGUAUAAUUGAUAGUGUUGCAUAUAUUUGAGAAAGCCAAAUGUAAUUGAAAAACAUAAAUGUUAAGCACAUCUUAUUUAUUUGUGGUUGAAUAUACAAUUGAUCUCAUUCUUUUAUAGAAAUACAUGUUCUUUAUAUCAAGGAACACUGCUGACAUUGUGAUUAAAAAGUGCUGAAGUGCCAUUUAAGAAGCUAUAAAAUACAUGUAUUCUUCUCAAGCAUUACUAGAAUCUGAGGAACCAUCUAAAGCUCCAGUAAUUAAUGUCAAAUGGAAGUCAGUAAAAGAAAUUUUGUAUAAAGAGAUGACUCACUGUGGAGAAAACAUUCAGAAAAAUUGGACAGCUUCUUGCACAAUUUUCGCAGCUUGAGAUGCUGUUGGAAGCUAGAGCCCAACUAAGCUUUACCCUGUGGAUCUAAAUUGCUUGGGCUGUGAAAAUGGUGAUAGAAAUCUUACUGUGCUGGAAGAAUGCAUGGACUAUUAGAUCCAUUGAUUUAUUGAUGGAAGUACGCUCUUGUACUGUUGGAGACUGAUGUAUUUUGACACUGAAAUUGUCCAGUAUCAUUGAAUUUUCAUUUGCCAAAUACUUUCACUAUGAAGAGAUGUAAAUAGCCAUAAUAUAAAGUAUAUUCCACAUCGGUGAUUUUUUUAUAAGAAUUAAACCUUAUACCUGAUUAUAUUGUGUUACACCUACAGUUGAAUGUGUAUGAAAUAAUUGUACAUUAUUUAUUGUAAUUUUCUCUUGCCAAAAUUUGAUAUUCCUUAAAGCCCUUUUCCAUAAGGCAUUAAAAGAAAGGAGCUUCAAACCGAUGUAAAAUUAACCUGGUUAUUUCAGAAAAAAACAUUUGUAUUUUCAUGUGUAAAAUAACAACAUAAAUACAAGACUAUCAAAAUAGAAGGCAAUAAUAAUUUUUUGUAAUGUUUUGAAGUUUAACAUUGGUAUGACAGUAAAUAAUGAAGAUUAACAAAAAUUACAUUCCUGGAACAUCGGUCUAAGAAUGUAUCAAGAAUUGACUAUUACAUGUAGAAAAGAAAAUAACUUUUAAAAUAUGAAUGUAUUUUCAAUGAAGGUUGAAUGUUUUGUGAGAUGCUUAGGGGCCUACAUACAUAAUUACUGUAUUCUUGUCAUUAAUAUGAGCUGCCAGCAAAUGUAUUACUACUACUAUUAUUAUUACUGAUAUUAGUUGGAAAAAUCUUUUUUCCUGAAGUUGUUUAUUUUUGUUACUGAAUUUUGAUCUGUUUCUUUUGAAUUUCUGCUAAUUUAAGUCAUGAGGAAAUAUAACAAUUUUGUAAUUUAUGUACUUUAUGUACUCUGUGGAACAAUGCUUUGAGAAGAUAAGAAAGAAACUACCUUGUG